UCUGGUUGUGUUGCCUUUGGUGGGCUAGGUAGGGGUUGUCUCCCAUAGGGUCUGCGUUAUAAUGCGGCUUUCAAAAUAUGGGAAAUUUCAGACAGCUUUUAAGCUGUUUCUAGGGACAGAAGGAAAGAGUUAUUUUCAGCCUAGGUGCCGGUGACUGUUUCUGUGUAUUAAUUAUAAUGGGAAUGUUCGCUGAACAUACUAUACUGCCAGUUAAAUAGCCUUUCUCCAUCACCCUACCCCAUUCAGCAGAAAGAUAAAGACAGGUGCUCCAACAUGGUCUAAACACUACAGUCCUCCCCACUGUUUAAUCAUUCACCAUGUAUUUUGUUCUUACUGCAAAGCAGACUGGGAUUUGAGAUUGCAAAAAUAGAUUAUUAAAGCAGAAAUUCUGAUUUUUAAAUAACCGGGCGAAAUCUCCGCUUAAGAGGUGGGAGAGUAGACUGUGAAUGGCCCUGGAUGAUGCGAAAUCUUCAUGUAGAUUUUGAUGGUUCCCUGCCAAAGUUUUACAUGGGAAAGUGGUAAUUUCCUUCCUUCGCAGAGGAGGGCGUGGAGAGGCUGGAACUGGCGUCACCUUCGGUUGCUAAGGUAACCUGUUCUGGCCAUUUUAUCUGAUAGAGAAAGUCCAGUGGACAGAAUACAUUAUUCAUCACUGAUCUAAUCAGAUAAUCAAAACUGUUUACUUUCGCUGGGAAUAGUUAAUAAGAUCGAAGGCAGCUGGUUGAAACUGCUCAUUUGUUCUAUCGACGGCCCUUGGUUUUACAUUUUUUUUUACAAGAGCUAAGUGAUUGCCUUUUCUCAAAAUCCUGUUCUGAACAUUGAAGAUGGAUUAUCCCAAAAUGGAUUAUUUUCUGGACGUUGAGUCUGCUCACAGACUCUUGGAUGUGGAGUCGGCACAGAGGUUCUUCUACAGUCAAGGAGCUCAAGCUCGCCGGGCGACCCUGCUCCUGCCUCCCACAUUAAUGGCGGCUUCUUCGGAGGAUGACAUAGACCGGCGGCCCAUCAGAAGAGUCCGCUCCAAGAGCGACACGCCAUAUCUCGCAGAGGCCAGGAUCUCCUUUAACCUGGGGGCAGCCGAGGAAGUGGAGAGGCUGGCAGCCAUGCGUUCCGACUCACUGGUCCCAGGUACGCACACCCCGCCCAUCCGGAGGAGGAGUAAGUUUGCCAACCUGGGGAGGAUUUUCAAACCCUGGAAAUGGAGGAAGAAGAAAAGCGAAAAGUUCAAGCACACAUCAGCAGCUCUGGAAAGGAAGAUUUCGAUGAGGCAGAGCAGAGAGGAGCUGAUCAAGCGAGGGGUCUUGAAGGAGAUCUACGAUAAAGAUGGAGAACUCUCCAUAUCAAAUGAAGAUGACUCCCUGGAGAACGGACAGUCCCUGAGCUCCAGCCAACUCUCUUUGCCUGCUCUGUCGGAAAUGGAGCCUGUCCCAAUGCCCAGGGACCCAUGUUCAUAUGAGGUGCUCCAAGCUUCAGACAUUAUGGAUGGACCAGUGUCUGAAGAGAGUCCCUCUGCCAGUGAGUCUGGAGUCCUCCUGUCCCAAGAUCCUUCAGCCAAACCAGUUCUGUUCCUGCCCCCCAAAAAAUCUGCUGCUUUCCCUGGAGACCAUGAGGAGACCCCAGUGAAACAGUUGUCCCUUCACAAGCAGCCCCCGGCCCUGCCUCCCAAACCCACUGCCCGGAUUGCCAACCACUUAACAGAUCCUGGCGCCCCUGUGAAAUUGCCUUGUCUGCCAGUGAAACUGUCGCCUCCGCUACCUCCAAAGAAAGUCCUGAUCUGUAUGCCCGUAGGGGGGCCAGAGCUCACUCUGGCAUCCUAUGCAGCCCAGAAGAGCAGCCAGCAGGCCGUGGCCCAGCACCACCACACCGUCCUACCAUCCCAGAUGCAGCACCAGCUGCAGUAUGGCAGCCACGGCCAGCAUCUCCCAUCCUCCACCGGCACCUUGCCCAUGCACCCCUCAGGCUGCAGGAUGAUCGAUGAGCUGAACAAGACACUCGCCAUGACUAUGCAGAGGCUGGAAAGCUCCGAGCAACGAGUCCCCUGUUCCACGUCUUACCACAGUUCUGGUUUGCACUCAAGCGACGGCAUCACAAAAGCAGGACCCAUGGGCCUUCCAGAAAUAAGACAAGUGCCAACUGUUGUGAUUGAAUGUGAUGACAAUAAGGAAAAUGUGCCUCAUGACCCCGACUAUGAAGACUCGCCCUGCCUGUAUGGCCGGGAGGAGGAGGAAGAGGAGGAAGAUGAAGAUGAUGACGCCUCUUUGUACACCAGCUCACUGGCCAUGAAGGUCUGCAGGAAGGACUCCUUAGCUAUCAAACUCAGCAACAGGCCCUCUAAGCGAGAGCUAGAAGAAAAGAACAUCCUCCCCAGACAGACCGAUGAGGAACGGCUGGAGCUCAGACAGCAGAUUGGCACCAAGCUCACCAGGCGGCUGAGCCAGAGACCAACUGCAGAAGAACUGGAACAGAGGAACAUUCUGAAGCCUCGGAAUGAACAAGAAGAACAGGAGGAGAAGCGGGAAAUCAAGAGGAGGCUGACUCGCAAGCUCAGCCAAAGGCCCACAGUGGAAGAACUCCGGGAGAGGAAGAUCCUUAUCCGCUUCAGUGACUACGUGGAAGUGGCAGAUGCCCAAGACUAUGACCGAAGGGCAGACAAGCCAUGGACCCGCCUCACCGCUGCAGACAAAGCUGCCAUUCGGAAGGAACUCAAUGAGUUUAAAAGUACCGAGAUGGAAGUCCACGAGUUAAGUAGACACUUAACCAGGUUUCAUCGACCUUAACAGUGGGAUUACUCUUGAGUGCUCUGCUGUCUUCAAAACAUAAAUUUCUAAGAACCAUAAGUGCUGGCGUCUGUCCACUUCCCCGUUACCAUGUAAAUCCGAACUGCCUUUUUUUUAAAAAAAAAAAAGAAAGAAAGAAAGAAAAGAAAAGAAAAAAGAAGAAGAAAGGAAAGGAAACACAGCCAGGAUUCUGUGUGCAGGAACACCAUGGUGAGCACUCCUCAGCGUUGCCGGCACCACUUCUGCUACAGAAAGGUGACCCGGCCCCCCAAGACAGGGACCUACCUGAGGAUUGUCCAGAAACCGCCUCGUCCCCCUCCAUUCAGACCCAGCAAGCACCACACUGGUUCAGUCUUCGGUGAACCCCUCCCUCACAAGGGACUGUUGCCUGAGUCCAAAGAAGCCCAGGGCUUGACAUGGGAAUGGCUAGGGUGACAGUCAUAAUCCAACUGCCCUUCUAGACAUGGUCAGACACAUGGGCUCCAGAUAGGGCAUCUGCUUUGGGGGCCCUUGGGAAGGGGGUGACAACCUCUCAGUCUCCUCCACACAUACACAGGCACACCUACCCACGAACAUGUGCACACACAAACACACAUGCUUUCUCUUCAGGUUUGUCCUGGGGAAGCCUGUGUUGGCACUUCAGUCAGACCCAUGUGUGCUGUGGGCAUAGGAGGCUAAACCUGAGCGUCCACUUUGACCCCCGUCCCAAACUGAACUGCCUCCCAGAAGCCUCUGGUAGGGAUAGUAGCCGUCUGCUCAGUUCACAUUCAUUGACCAGUUUGUGUUCACAAAGCCCAGGGCUAUGGGUGAUCUAAUGCUUUAAUGCCCUUGCCAAGGUUCCCUGUGAUAUUCAUGAGUAUGAACUGACCAGGGAGCUAGGGUCAUAAACCCCACGGCCCACAGUUUUCUUUGACCCUGUAGCACACCUGGGACAGUGGUGAUGUGGCUUGGCAGUUGAUAGCUUCUGAGUACCAGUGUAUGGAGGCCAGUGCAGGGGACCAAUAUCCCACUGUCAUUCCAGAGCCUUCCACUCUUUUGUCUUUGCACUGAAGAGUUUCUGCAGAGAGAUGCACAUCUCAGCAGGGCUAGCACUGGGUCAAACUUUGCGCCAUGACUACCUGUAGUGUCCCUUACUGCCCCACUUACCCAGAGAGACCCUGCCCUCUUUCUCUCUCUCUCUCAGAAUAUGCCUCCAGGCACCCUGUUGACAGGGCCCCUCAAGGAUUGAGUGUGUACUGAGGGAAGGGCACCCUAGAUCCUAAGGCGGUCUUCUACAGGGCUGUUUUUCUCCCUAACCAAGCUCACAGACCCUUGGGUGCAAGGUUUCUGCCGCAACCCCUGUGGUGUGCCCAGCUUUCAGAGUCACUAUAGUGUCACUAAGUAACACACCUGGCAUUUAGAAAGAUGCCAGCUGGCCAGCCUGGCCAACCACAAAGGACUUAUCCCCUUGUCAAACUGGUUGGGACCAUGGUACUUUUAGGAUACAGCCGAAGCAAGGCCAUUCAAUUCUCCGGAGUGUUAAUGGCUCCGUGACCAGUUGCUAACCCAGGAACCAGAGUUACAGGAAAGCUUAGAUUAGCCCUACAGGUAGCGCCAUGCAGCCGCUGCUAUCCUGGUACCGUCUGGAUGGGGCACACCUCUGUCCAGACCAAAGACAACACCAUGACUGGUUCUUUCUGUCAUCGCUGCCAUCACCAUCAUCAUUAUUUGAAUGUCAAGAGAGGUAUUCAGGGGAAAUGUGGUGGGGAUUUUAACAUGGCUGUAAAUACGGUCUUCCCAAAAGGCUUACUGACUUUUGAAUGUGUACAUGGUAGGAGGAAAGAUGCAGAAAUCUUUCCUUGAACUUCCCUAGGAUGAAGGAUAGGCACAUGUUCUAGGUGGAGGUCCCUGCCCUGCAGGCCUGAGGUCUGUACUUCCUCUAAUUAGCAGCUGUGCUGCAGGCUGCUGAGGUGGCCUGGCCUGACAGGCCUUCCCCAACCAGGAAGAGUCCUAAAGAACUCCUCCCACAAAGGCCCAAGGCUUCCCCAUGGGCCUUGGUUCUAGGGCCCUUCUGAUUGCCUGGGAACAGAAAUCCCAAACUCACCUCUGUCUCUGCUGCCAGCCAGCAGCCUUCCUUGUUCCCUGCCAGCUUGCCCUGAGAUGGCCCACCUCUUUACAUAUGGAAGAAACUGGACAGGAUACCCACAUGACUUCCUUCGGGGUACCCUUUUGCAGAAGUCACUUGCUCAGAGUUAGGGGUGUGCCUCUCAUGCUCCUAAAAGGUCACCACCUUUGGGGCUGGGCUAUCUCAAGGCCACGAUAAGUGGUUCUUAGCCAGGCUCAGCAGCCUCCCCAGCUGUAGGAUGGGACUUCUGCUCUCCUGAAAACCUGGGUUCAGACUUCAGGGAGCUGUAACCACACACUUCCCCCACUUUGUGAGGACAACUGAAGUGACUUGAGUUGUUUCCAAAGUUGAAAAUUUGACAUUAAUUAGGGGGAAAUAGAAGGCAGGGGAGUUGACUUGAGACAUCCCUUUCCGGAAAAGCUGCAGUUUUCAAGUGGGUUCAUCUUGAGCCUAGACAGUCCCAUCUGAGUACCAUGGAGUUCGGGUUAGCAAGAAAGGAGAAAACGAAAUGUGUCAGAUCUUACGGUUUUUUUCUCUCAAAAUCAGGCACUGCUGGACCCCCACCCCCAUCCCUGUCCGCUUCCCCGACAGAAGAGCCUGCCAUAAAUAAACUGGCUCUUCCAAAAUCCUGAUCACUUCAUUCCCCAGACCCCUUCAAGGCCCUGCCAGGUUUUUAGAACGGGAGCCUUUCUGCCCGUAGAGAAACCAAACGACUCCAAGGUCAGUGUGAGGAGACGCUCUGAGUUUCUUUUUCUCCUGCUUAUGAACAUGUAUGCGUACUUUUGGAAUGAGCAUCGUGGUGUGUCGCUCCGAUGAAUGGGAUCCCAGGUUCUCCCUGCGCACGGCCAGUGGGCAGGUGUCACCUUUGGUGACUUCUUCCUCCCAUGAGUCUCUAAGUAGGUUGCUUUCUCCAAUUGCUUCCUGGUGUCUGUACAUAGUUCGUCUUUGUAUAGGAGUGAUUGUGGUGACCUUCGCUCCCGUGCCCUCCUGGGUUCUAACUUAACAGAUGACGGCCGUAUGAGGAAGAUACUGUACAUAGACUAUAAAUGAAACUGGAUCUCUGUGGCCUAGGUUUUGUAUAUACAGAAACUGCAUGGUAUUUAAAUUAUUGUUUCUCUCUGAUGAUGUAUGCAGUUUCUUUAAAAACAAACCAAAAAAAAAAAAAAAGUUUAAAAAAAAAAAAAA